CUGUUGGGGUUUCCGCCCCCUCUAACCCGUUGGUUUACAGUUCAGCUGCAGAUUGAGGAAAUCAGCAGGAAGCUACGCACUGGAGAUCUUGGAAUUCCACUUAACCCUGAGGAAAGAUCCCCGUCUCCCGAGCCUAUUUACAGUAGCGAUGGUAAACGGUUGAACACGAGAGAAUAUCGGACGAGACGUAAAUUAGAGGAAGAACGUCAUAAUCUGAUUCAGAAGAUCCUUAAAAUCAAUCCAGAGUUCAAGCCACCACCAGAUUAUAAGCCACCAAUAAUACGAGUCCAUGAUAAAGUAAUGAUUCCUCAGGAAGAGCAUCCUGAUAUAAAUUUCGUUGGUUUGCUUAUUGGACCGCGUGGAAAUACUCUAAAAUCUAUGGAAAAGGAAACUGGGGCAAAGAUUAUAAUUCGUGGAAAGGGCUCUGUAAAGGAAGGAAAAGUUGGCAGGAAAGAUGGGCAGCCUUUACCGGGCGAGGAUGAACCCUUACAUGCAUAUAUUACCGCAAACAAUUUAGAUGCUGUGAAGAAAGCCGUGGAACGAAUUCACGAAAUUAUUCGGCAAGGUGUGGAAGUGCCGGAAGGUCAAAACGACUUGCGUCGUAAUCAAUUACGCGAGUUGGCUUUAUUGAACGGAACAUUACGCGAGAAUGAUGGACCUCGUUGUACAAAUUGUGGAGCUUCGGAUCAUAAAUCUUGGCUGUGCCCUGAUAAACCAAAUGUGACCAACAACAUAGUAUGUUCAAGUUGUGGUGGUGCAGGACAUAUUGCUCGAGAUUGCAGAUCAAAGAGACCCGGUCAAGGAGGUCCCGCAGCCGCUGGAAUGGGGGGAAUGGGUCAAGCUGGAGAUAAAGCUAAAAUAGAUGAAGAGUACAUGUCGCUCAUGGCAGAAUUGGGAGAAGGCCCACCACCGGACAGAUCAAAAACGGGACAAAACAGACAGACUCCCAAUCCCAAUUAUCCCGGACUGUUUGAUAGACAACAGCCACCUCGCGCGUUAAUGGCAGCUCCAGCACAUCCACCACCGCAGAUGAUGCAGGGCGGUCCAAUGAUGCCGCCCCCGGGCAUGGCACCGCCACCGUGGAGCCAAGGAGGCGAAGGGAUGAACAACAUGAACAUGCAAUGGCAGCCACCGGUAAGCAUGCCGCCGCCGCCAGGAGUGAUGCAGCCGCCACCGCCACCACCUGGUUCAACUACGCAGCCCAACAUUCCGCCGUUAAUGCCAUGGAUGGCCGGCAACACGCAACCGCCGCCACCAGGUCAAAUGCCGCCCACGCAGAUUCCUCCGCCCGGGAUGGGCAUACCGCCGUGGCAGCAAGGUCAGCAGGGACCGAUGCGGCCACCACCGCCGGGCACGGCGCCGCCUCCGGGAUUCCCCGGUGGUUGGCAGCCGCAACAGAUGGGUGGCUGGCCACCGGCUGCCCCGGUCCCACCUCCGCCUCAGCAACAGACUCCUGCACCACCCGGGAUUGACCUGAACACGCUGCCGACAUUACUGGCGCAACCACCGCCGCCACCUCCGCCCACCAGUUAGUCCUAAUCACGUAACGAAUGACUUUUGAUCUAUGUAAUAGCCAGACGAUAUAUUGAG